AUGAUCCCUCAUUCCUCCACCGGCCAGCAGCCAUGGGGCCAUCCGCUCCGGGCCUUCAAUCAGGGAGGCUCCGGGCGCGGGGACCUAGGCCAGGGCCAGGGGCAAUAUGACUCCCCGGACAAGUCGCAACCCUCGCAGAUGUCGGGCCGAUCCUCGGCCGUCGUCGACUUAGCCGAUGGUCUCGAGUCGCAAGGAGAACCGGUCGCCAAACGCCCCAGAUUGGAGAUGCCGGGAAACACGGGCGUCAUGGAUGGAGCCGCUGCAGGGGCGGAGGCGAGGAGUACCCCGGGCAGUGGGAAUUCACGACCACCUCCAGUCUCGUGGCGCGGCCGGCCGCUGUGGUCGUUCCAGGCAGUCAUCGCAGAAUUGCCUGGAGGCGAGAACCGUGGCAAUGGUGCGGCAUCGCCGCCUCCAUUGCCUGUUCAGCCGUGGAAAACCGCCCUGGCGGAACGCUCGGCGAACCGCGAUUCCAGGUCUCGGGAAAGUUCGCCCGUCAAGGAUGUGCAAACGACCCCGUACCACAUUGAGGUGCCUUCGGUAGCCCCAGUUCUCAAGGGAGAGAAAAUCGCCGAUUUCGUGCCGUGGACCGGAAACCACCCGGAAGACCUGCUAAACGAACAAACUGCAAAACAAGGCUACUACGACCGUACACAGGUUUCGCAGAAUGAAUCCAAUACCGCUCGCCCGGCGCUAUUUUCGCAAUUGAAGCAUCGCGCUGGACUACAUGUCCUUUCGUCUGUGUUCACCGCUACUCUUGAAAAACGACAGAAUCACAACGCCGUCCAUGCGCCAUCAACAUUCAAACCGCCGCCCCGGGUCACCCUCACGGACAAUAAGCGGGAGACCUGGCUCCGGGAUCUAGCCAACCCCUCUGUGCCCCUGCGCAGACUGAGCCGAACCAUUCCCCACGGUAUCCGAGGCAAGGUUCUGCUUGACCAAUGCUUGGGUAAGUGGAUUCCUGCGGCACGAGCAGUUUGGCUGGCAAAGUGCGUUGGUGCCAAUGAAAUACGGGCCUUUAAGCGGAAAGGCACGAGCGGUGCCUUGGCAGUCGGGUUAGAGGCGAAAUGGGUGCGAGACUGGACCACGAACGUACAGCAGUUCGUCGAGGGCGUGCUCAGCGCUGCGAAAACUUCGGACUGGAAGGCCAAGAUGACCUACGCGGUCGGCUUGACUGCCCGUCUAUUCUUUGAGAACUUACUUGACCAUGAUCAUUUCCUGGAGUGGUUUCUGUCGUCCUUUGAAUCAGCAUCGCUUAAUACCAUUCCUAUCUGGCUCUUGAUGCUUGGCAUUUACUGGGAGAGCCUCAUGCGAUAUCGCCGACGGGGUCGCCGGUUGGCCGAGAUUUUGCUUGAGAAACUCCGCCAGGCUACGGAAGCCAAACUGGAAACAUUACAGCCUCUCAUCGACCGACUCUCUCGCUUUGUCAAGAAGCUUGUUCACGAACAUCCUUCAUCUGUCAUACUCCCAAAUUCGUGGGACGUGUACAAACAUCAUAUCGCAUCAUGCCUCGACUUCUCCCAAAAAGCGAACCGCGCCUUUUUCCAAUGUCUUGCAGAACGAAAUACCCGGGUGCAGCGUCCUCGGCAGUCUCGCCAGGCCUCACAACGCUCUCCUCAUCAAUCAGUCAUCCGCCUCCUUGACUCUAUACGCACCGCACACGACCUUUCCUCCAUCUCUUCUGCCUGUCUCGAAUCCAUGGACGAUAAAGCCGCUCUGGUUUCCAAAUUACUGGAGUGGCUCGCCACUCCCUUUCGCCACGGUGUUUGCCGGGUUUAUGUCGGUGUUCGCCUAUUACGAAAAUGGAAAGCGGCCGGGGUCGACGUGGACGGGCAUGUGCUUACGUUCCUCACACGUGCCCGGAAUGACAAGAAACUGAAUCUGGACAAUAUCUACCAUGCCAUCUCGGAGCUUGUCAGGUCCCAAACAUUCUCGGUUGGGCGAUACCUGCAGUGGUUAACGGCCAGGGGUAUUACAAGAGACCUAGGGGAAGAGCAAAACUUACCUGCCGACAUCGGUCUCAUAUCACAACUUCCCGUCAGCCGUCUUCCAGAGCACGUUGCCAAUUUACGCAGUACUCUUUUGGCGCGCACGGGGCUUUCUAUCUCAGACGAGGCUGCCACCAUUGAAAAAGUCAAAGAGAACAUCAGUCAACGUCUUCCGGGCAUCUUUGACGAUACCCACAUGCAAACAGACAUAUCGCCAUCUCCGCUCCCAACGAAUUUAAGUUGGGCGGUUAAAGCUGAAGUUGGCCAGUGGCUACGACGUGGCGUCGUUGGGCACACCCGUGAUGCUAGCGAAUCAAUCACUCAAUCCGCAUUCCCUAGCGACCUGAAGGUGGCGGUCUCUGCCUUGACUCCUGCCGAGUUCUACGGUGUCCGCAAUAUCCUGGAGAUGUUUGGUGAUCUUUCCAUGCUCGCAGAUGUGCUGAAAUGUGCCUCAGCCUGUGACGACAGCACCGUUCUUGCAUCAGUGGCAGACACAACAUAUUAUCACUUCGAUUCACUCAGCGUGAUAGGCGCCGCCCCAGAUCUAUACCGAAGACUAGUUGACGCCUACGCCGCUAUGAAGAGGUUCAGCGUGCCGAGUCUUGAUCUAGUGUUCUCGCUUAUCGAACUUGGGCUCCGGAUACCCAGUGAGCUCAACACUGUCGCAAUUCUCCGCCAAGAUCUCUCGCGCAUGGAGAAUAAGUCGGGCAUAGCUGCAUCCUCCCCAGUCUCAGACCAUAUCGCCGACACAUUCGGUGAUGCGGACCCCUUGUUGCGGGAGAAGUUGGAUCAGCUCCUCAUGUCUGGAAACAUCAUGGACGAGCCCACCCUGGACACGGUUUUCAGCACUCUCACAAAUCAUCUCGAGUCUGUUGUCGAGUAUUCAAAGCUGUCGGCGAAUGACACUUGCCGGUAUCUAGCACAGCUGAGGUCGUUCCAACCAAAGCACUUCGAUAGUAUCCUGACUCGCUGGGUCUGCGGUCAUUUGAAGUCCCCUGAUCGGCUCACGUUACUUCGCAUUCUUCCACCACUUAUCGGCGUCGGCUGUGUCACCAUCCGUGCAUUUUUGCUUCUUGUGAAACGGCUCAUGCAAUCCGAAUCGGCGGCAGCGUCAAUUCCUAAUGUGGCAGAUCUGCCCGCGGAUCUUGUACGAUUCCUUCUCGUGGUCUCCGACGGUGGUGAACGGUACUUGGAUCUGGUUUCCUACCGCUUUCAAUUAGCGCAGCAGGAGUUCCUUUCGAAGAAUGCUGAGGAAGCUCUGGGAAUUGUCUCUGAUGCCGCAGCAUCACUCAAUGGCAGUGGCCCAGAGAAAAGUGAACUGGAAAACUCCAUUGUGGCGUUACUACGCGACCUGCUAGUGCGCAAUUCCGACUCUAUAGCUCAAAACUGCAUGCAGAAACUCGUCAAUCAAUACCCGGCAGCCAUGGGUGUCCUUCAAAAGGCGCUAGGUCUUCUUCUUGGCCUCCCUUCGCAGCCGGGCUCUGUCACUGCAGAGGUCGAAAAGCUGACCACCAUGGCCGAUGAUUUCUCGCUUCCAUUUUGUCAGCUGAAGCUGCAGAUCCUCUUCCACACCGACUCUCGGAAUGAGGAUCGCGACAGCAUCGUGGACGCGAUGUUCAAAACUGCCGUGGCAGACUCGAGGGCGCAGAGACUUCACUGGGUGGAUCUCGUUGCGCUAAUGAGCCCAGAUGCCGUGCGUCAGAUCCGCGAACGCGCCGAGAAAGAAUUUUUCGCCAUUCCACUAUCAGAAGAGUCGAUGCACGAUCCUCCAUCUGGAUCAUUGGAGACGGCAAAGCUGUACCUCACCAUCAUCGAGGAACUUUCAAGCAGCAUCCCCGACUCGGGUACGCCGUCGGUGGCUUCUGUGCUUGUGGAGAGGAUGGACUUGCUCCUGCAUAAGAUCAUUGUCAUGCAGAAUACGGACAGGAAGAUCGAUGUGACGGCUGGUCAAUCGCGCACAAAUUUUGAGCGAACGCUCGCCUUCUGGUUCUCUGCUUUGCUCAGGAUGGUUGUCAUUCACCGCACCUCAUUCAACCAGUCCUCUCUGGCAGUGAAGACCGGUGCUUCGCAUGAGCAGACCCGACUGUUGAUUUCAAUCAUCUGCAUCGCGCUGUCGCGUCUUCCGGGUGAUGUGCUACGCCUCUACCCCACGGCCGAUUAUUUUCACCGCCCCAAUCCUUCUGAGGAAUAUCAUCCGUGCCCAGAGAUCCUGCUCCAAACUCACGCCCUGGACGUUGCCGCCUCCCUAAUUGAUGUGUUUCCCAAUGAAGUGCGCCAUCAAUGUGCCCGGUACCUGAAGGAAAAGUGCCCCCCCUUUCGCCCAAUCACAAACCGACUCCCGCUUCUUUCUUGGCCAUCUGGUGCUUCGCAGCAACAGCAGCCUGCUUCGAUGCCAUCCCCUGCAGCCUCGGGGUCAACUCCAGCUCCAUCGCCCGCCAUUGGAUCUUCCGCGGCCCAACAACAGCCUGCUGCUGGUGCUGCGGCAAUGUUACCCAAUGGGCUGUCCGAGAGCAACAACUGCGUGGCAAAUCGACUCCGUCUUCAACAUCGUGGUCGAGUAGUCGGGCCGUAUCCCAUCCGUCCCUGGGAACUACUGGAAGAUGCGGCUCCUUUCGUGGGUGUGAAUGACACUGCUGUCAAUCUGAGCUACUUUGAUGCAAGGCGCGUUAGGACUUGA